UUUAAAAAUAUUAGCUCGAGAUCGAGACGAGGAUAAAGAAUAUAAUUCUACCGAAGAGAAAUCUCUCUGUACUCUUUCCCGUGUUAAUUCCGUCCACUAUAAAUACUACCCUAUCUCAUCCCCAAAUUUGAAGCUCACAAAAAUGGAACUACUUCAAGACUCCGAUUCCUUCUUCAAUCUCCUAGAAUUCGAAUUCCACUCACCACCGCCGGCGUUGUUCUCGCUCCCGCCGAUCAAAUUCGAAUUCGAAGAUUUCGAGUACAUGAAACCGUCGGAAGAGGAAGAGUCUCCGAUUCAAGAUUCGAGAAGUCACCAGGAACGACAAUCGACGCGGUCGAGCUCGCCCGAGGCGGGCUUACGUUCCGAUGGCGGGAGGCGUUACAGAGGGGUACGGCGGCGGCCGUGGGGGAAGUUCGCGGCGGAGAUCCGAGAUCCGAGUAGGAAAGGGAGUAGAGUUUGGUUGGGGACUUUCGAUUCGGAUGUGGAUGCGGCUAGGGCUUAUGAUUCCGCUGCAUUUAAAUUAAGAGGAAGAAAGGCUAAGUUGAAUUUUCCCUUGGAUGCCGGAAAUUCCGACCCGCCGCCGAGUAAUGGGCGGAAGAAGAGACGAGAGACGACGGUAAAUUGAAGGAGAUGAAAACAAAUACCCUCAAAUCCAAGAAUUUCCUUUAAUCUUAAAUCUUUUAAGAAUGCUUUUUUAGAAAUAAUCUUUACAUUUGGAUAAUAAAAAAAAUUGUAUAUUAAAUUAUAA